AUCUCUGACAAGUGUUCACCUAUCCACUUCUCAAAGGCUGUCUGAGAAGAGGAGCUACCUCCCCAGGCAGCUGAUGCCACUGCUGAGCUACUCUUACUGUACAAAGGACCACACUACUGAACCACUGUUAAUGUGAAGGAGGUGUUUGGCCAUGUUUGCCAAGACAGCACUCAUAAAUACGGGAUCGCCAUAUUAAACAGUUCAUGAAUCACUUCUGUAUGGUAGUAAAAGGUCUUCUUUGUCUAAUGGCAAGGAAGCACACGUAUGCCACUUUAGUCCUCUGAGAUGUCCUCCAGCCUUUCCAACUAUGCCUUACGGAUGGCCCACCUGAGCGCCCGAAUAUUUGGAGAAGUUGCUCAGCUGACCGAUACUAAGUCCAUGAAAGUCGUGAAGCUGCUCAGCAAGACACCCCUGGCCAAACGGAAAGAGGUCUACAACUGGUAUCCUCCCCAUAACAUCUACUCUGGCCUUAUGAAGAGCUUCUACGGCCUCUACAGAGAUGAGCAUGAAGAUUUCAAAGAAGAGAUGAAAAGGCUGAAGAAGCUCCGUGGGAAGGGGCCCCCAAAGAAAGGCGAAGGAAAGAGAACACUGAAGAGAAAGUAGCAUCAUUCCAGUAUUUAAUAACACACUGUUGGUUCAUUGAA